AUGGGCUCCGUGGUGGACGCAUGGGAGGCUUGCUCCAAGAUCGAUACGGUCUUCAUUCUCGUCUGUUGCGUGUUCUGCUGGCCCAUUAUUCCAGCUGUUGGCCUGGGGUACUCGGGCUAUUCGACUCGCCGUAGCGGCCUAGCCUCCUUCUAUCCCGGCUUGAUUGCCGUUAUUAUGUGCACCGUUCAGUGGUGGAUUAUCGGUUACUCACUAGCAUACGGCGAGGGAAACUCAAUUAUUGGGGGAUUCGAAAAGGCAUUCCAUCGCGGUGUUCUUGCGCAACCAGUAGGCACAAUACCCGAGAUACUCUUUUCGGAAUUUCAAUUAAUCUUCUGUGCAACCGUCUGCGCGAUUGCGGUGGGCGGAGCAUGUGAGCGUGGAAGACUGCUCCCUCUUUUUCCAUUCUGUUUCUUAUGGAGCACUUUCGUUUACGAGCCUCUUGCUCACAUGGUCUGGUCUGAGAAUGGAUUCCUAGGCAACCUGGGAGUGCUUGAUUUCGCUGGCGGAACACCUGUCCACAUAUGCAGCGGUGCAAGCGCAACUGCUCUCAGCGUCUAUCUGUCCUAUCCACUGUUCCGCUCUAGGAAGUCUGCAUGUCGCACACCCCAACACCUAAAGCUGCACAGACCACACAAUAGCAUGUCACAGGUUCUUGCCUUGAUCACUAUCUGGAAUUCGUGGCUGGCGUUUGAUGCUGGAACCACCCUCUCGCUCAACUUCAAGAGUGUGAUGGCUGCCUGUGUUACUAACAUCUGCGCCGCUGCAGGUGCUAUGACGUGGGCAUUCAUAACCUAUUGGGAGUCUGGGGUCUGGAGUCUCGAUAGUACCUUUAUGGGUGCAAUUUCAGGGCUUGUGCUUAUCACCCCGAGUGCCGGUUUUAUUGGCAUGAGCAGCGCAUUUUUCUUUGGGGUGUUCGGUGCGGUGGUAUGCAGACAGGCUCUUCGCAUCAAGUUUACCAAACAAGCUGCUAGGUGGCGCUGGGUGGACAACGGAGAUACUUUUGCAACACAUUGCAUCGGCGGAUUUGUCGGGACUUUGAUGACCGGGCUUUUUGCACAAAAAGAGGUCGCAGCCUAUGACGGAGCUACAUUCAUUUCUGGUGGUGCUGUGUUUGAUGGGAACUGGAAACAGCUCGGAAUCCAAAGCCUUGAAGCGAUCAUUGGGUUCUCCUGGAGUUUUAUUGGAAGUUACAUAAUAUAUGCUCUCAUUGACUGUAUUCCGGGGUUUGAGGUUCUUGCUACAGACAGCGAGGUCAUAUCGGGAAUGGAUGCAUCACAGAUGGAUGAGUCGCUCUAUGAAGCUCAAUGGGAAACGGAAGCGGACUAUCAUCCUUUCACGGGCUCUCUUCGCCUCGAGUAAGAUUGAUGUUUGUUACUUCGAGACUUGGAAUCGACAAAUGGGAUCAAAGAGGGAGAAAUAUCACCCUUUGAUGUUAUUUGUCCUCCAA